GCCACCAAGAGGAGACAGAACGCGAGAGAGACUGGUACCGCUGCUGUGCGGGGAACAAGCUGCUGUCUGUCAAUGCUCCACCGAAGAGCUUUAUAGAGACAAGAGAAACCGAGGCACAGCAAAGGAACGAAGAAGAAACAAUACCAGGGAGGUCUGUGGAAGAGAGCAAGAGGAACACUUCAUACCGGCAGACAGUGCCUGCUGUAUCCCUCCACGCGCACAGACACACACACCUUCAUGUUGUGGGAUUAAUGAUCGUAAAGAGACACCGGUGCGUAAAGUUGAUGAGCUGACCCGCCCGUCUCCCGCUUCCACGUCUAACAUUUCUUCCUGUCAUUUUUGGAGGAUCGCUGUGUUCCUGAGCUCCCGGCUCCAGCGUGGAUUUUGAAACCCAUCAUAGUGUCUUUGUCUGUGGAUGAGCGAGGCUCUGUGGAUGGUAAGCUUUCCAGCGGAGCACUGCUGGGAGACACUGGAACGGUCCCUGUGAACGUGCCAUAUGCGUGUGGAAGAUAUGGAUUUGCUUUUGCUAUAGCCAAGAUUUGCCGCGGUUUUUUGAAAUAUUCAUUUUUCAUUUUUUGACUGUGUGCGUGCUGUUUAAUAUUUAAUAUUAUUGUUAUUAUUAUUAUUAUUAUUUACUCUUAAACGACCACAGAGAUUUGAAGACUCAUCGUGCGGAAUUACAACCAUGAACUUUGUUGUCAGUUUGGUACACAUCCUUUUGGCAGCGGUUCUCCACCUACCUACUGUAAAGACUGCCAGCAUUAACAAGGGAGUGGAGAAGAGUAAAAAUGAGGUCAUCCCUCUCACAGAAGUCAUCACCAAGAGCAUGUGUAAGCCCAGGGAGGUGCUGGUGGACAUCAUCCAGGAGUAUCCGGAGGACACAGAACACAACUACAUUCCUUCCUGUGUGGUCCUCAACCGCUGUGGAGGCUGCUGCAAUGACGAAGCGAUGGAGUGCGUACCCACGGAAACCCGCAAUGUCACAUUGCAGGUAAUGCGGUUUAGACCAAGGGUAACUGAACACACUAUUGACUUAAGUUUCACAGAGCAUCAAAAGUGUGAAUGCAGAUUGAAGCCAGAUGUUCAAGCAAAGAAAGAAUACCACUGUGCGCCUUGCUCAGAGAGAAGAAAGCGCUUGUUUGUGCAGGACCCUCUCACCUGUAAAUGCUCCUGCAAAUUCACACAAUUAGACUGCAAGUCCAGGCAACUUGAGUUAAACGAAAGAACUUGCAGAUGUGAUAAACAGAGGAGAUGAGACCAGCAACACUGUUAUGAAGGAAUUCUUUUCUUGGCACAGCACUUUGAAACCUGAGGAUGCAUUCCUUGCAAGGACACAGAACGACAAUGCAAGACAGGACAUUCUGGAUGCACAUCUUGCCACUGUCUGUUUUCCGCCUAAAGAUAUUAAUAUAUAUGUACGUAUACUAAAAGUACAUCGACAAUGUGUAUUGCUGCUACAUAAAAAGACAUUAUUUAAGCAAAACGAAUGCGCCACUGGCGCGUGAAUGGGAAAAUGUUUCAAUGGCGUUCUGCUCGUGAGUAGAUCUGAUAGAAGAAAUUUGUUAUUUUAUGUAACACUUCACUGGAUGCUGGUCUGCUGUGGAUUUGAAAAUCUUAAAUAUUUCAAGUGACAAAAACUGGUGACUUCGACGAGCGGUGCAGCAGAAGCCGAACUUGCCUCCGAGCCCCGACAGAAGAGAAUAAGAGGAGACGGAGGGGGGAUGAGGAGGUGGAGGUGGAGGAACAUCUGUUGUACUUGAACUGAAUGGCACGUCCAAGAACGGCUUCCCUCUGUGACAUGAUGUGAAGUUUUGAGACACCAUGGUGUGAGAAUACACCUGAAACGUCUCUCAGAGUUUCCCGAAGUGACUGUGGAUGCAGGUUAUGUGCCAUGGUGAUGGAUAAUGUGAAGAUGACCUUCUUUCCUCACGGAAGGGUUAUGUGACGAUGGCAAAAACUAAACUUAAGCUCAGCUGCUGGGGAAGUUUUAGCAAGUCAUAAGAUUUUAGUCAAUUUUGGGUCAGGGUUAGGUCUAUCCCCAAGUGUGGGCAAGUAAACAAUGUUAGUGUUAAAUUUAAGGGUAGGUUGAUUGAGUUUCCAUCAGGGUUAAAGGUAUGAAACCACUACCUGUGUCUGGGCCUGCCUCCUUCAUGUAACCCUUCCCUGGUGGGAAAUAUGAUUUGUCUCUCUUUUUGUGCACAGAGUUUAUUAUUAUUUACAUUUUUAAGGAAUUGUGUUCCUUUCACAAAAUGUUGCAAGACCAGGCUGUCUAAAGGGAUACUACUGUGGGUAUAUAUGGAGACAAAAAGUGACUAGACAAGCUGAUCACAGGUCAGAUCAGCACCUCACUGUAGAAAUCCACAACCUUCCAGUUUCCUUAUUUAAUGCCUUUGUGUGUGUUCCAAAGAAAUAGUCAGGCAUCCACAACAGAGCAGUUUAUCAUAACGAUCUGUAUAUACUUACUAGAUAUCCCUUUGUCUAGUACACUACAUCUAAUUUAUAGAAUAUCCUAAGUAUUCUGUAUUCUGAUAUUUAUAUGCAGUGUUAAGGUUAUUUUUGUUUGUACUUCUCAAUUGUUUUCAGUCUGUCUGGAAAUUGAAUGGAGAACACGUAUGACUGUAGACUCCUUUUUUGUGGGAAAAAGGACUGAAAGACAAUGCUUUGACAUUCCUAAAUUUAAACUAAAGCUGUGUUUCUCACCAGCUGGAGGGGGAUCACGGUGGGCCUGUUGACCGUUAGAAACCCCAGCCACCAACAUGUGCGUGAAUGAUGCGCCAGCACAGGUGUUUUUUCAUUUUGGACUGGGUUGAUGGGACAUGUGGUUUUGCACUUGUGGGCCCAAAUGCACGUCAUAAGGAGGACUGAAGGAGUCUCGUUGCUGCUGCUCAGCUCAGACCUAAUUUAGUGAAGACUGUCCAAUUAGGCUGAGGCCUCCAGUCUGACGGUGGUGAACUAGCACAGUGUUUUCUCUGACUUUUACCCAGACACGAAUACCCAUAACCCCCACCCCCAAUAAGUAUUACACUGUUGUGUGGUUCAGCAGGAUUCAGCCUCUUACCACAAAUCAAACAUUUAUUUUAUUACUAAACUGUUACCAUGAGGAAAAGAUGAGCCAGAAAAAAUGGGAAAUGAAAAUGCUGAAUAAAGUCGCAAGUUAUAUAUGGAAUAGUAAAUCACAAAGAAACAUUUAAGUUAAAAUAGGAACACUUAAAAAUACUGAUGUUAUAUAUAAGAUUAAAAAAAUUUAAAUAGGUUAAGGACUACAGAAGUGAAGAACUGCCAUGUCAGGAAGGGAUUUUUUUUUUUUUUUUUUUUUUAACUAAAAGGUGUGUUAUAACUUGAAACUAUCUUGUUAAAAAAAAAGUUUCUUGUUUUAACAUGAAAACAAAUGUGGCAUCAAUUUGCUCCCAUAAAGACCACUGUUAUUAGUAUGUGCUAGCAUAUAUUAUGUAUGUAUAUGUAUAUAUAUAUACAUAUAUAUAAUUUAUUUUUUAAAAUAAAUUAACAAUUAUGUGAUACAGUUGAUCUGGAGGCUGCUGGAUAUCAACGGUACAUGAAAAAAAAAAAAAAUUGGACAAAUGCGAAAAAUAAUUUCGGUUUGACAUGUUUCAAUCCUAUGGAGGCUGCAAACUAUCAGGGUACUCGUGCAAGAAUCGUUGUUUAUGCUCAUAAGUAUUAGUUAGUAUUUAUGCCUUCGAAAUAAGAACUUUUCCGCUCAUAUGAGUGAUUUUUACCCUGAAAUACCUUAAGAGAACCAAAACAAUCCUGAAAAAUAGCAUAAAUUAUGUUGAUAUUACUAUUUGAAACCUGAAAAACAGUAUAUACAUGUAACUCAUCAGAAUUUCUUUCAGUGUGUGUGUAACCAACAGCUAAAGCUGGCCAGCAGAGAAAACAAGGAGCGCUUAAAUGGACACUGUAAAUUGUGUGUUAACCAUAUGAAGACACCUGAAAUUAUUAUUUAUUUAAAGCAAAGAAUCACUAACUUUUUGUAAAACAACUUAUUUAUUCAAAGGUGUGAACUCCUAACUGUACUACCUGCGAUGCUUCGCACAUUAUUGUCAGGAUCAGUCAGGAGACGGGUCAAGACUCAAGUCAGUGAUUGUGACUUAAGACUUAGAUUUAUGGUGAAUAUAGUGAAUAUCCUGCUUGUGUUUCUGUUAGUGCCAGCUGUUGAAACUGCUGUUCAUGUGAACCGCCCUUCUGUGCUGCCACUGUCAAACUGGAGGCCUGAGGGUGUGUUCAUUGAGCCCAGCUGCUGGCUCAGUGCCCACACCUAUCCAGUCCUCUGAUCAUGACAACAUUCUAUUUGUAUUUACGUAAAUGACAGACUUUUUCUUGAGUUUGUACAGUCACUCAUUUUUAGUAUAUUUUCACAUUAAUAUAUUUAUUGGUGCUGUAAAAUGUUUUACAAUAUUAAUACUCUUUGUUGUUUUUAGUGUAAGUAU